AACUUUAUAAGGCUUCAGGCACUCUGUUGCCCACUGCGCACAGAAACAGAGAGAGAUACUUGGAGAGGAAUAGAGCUGCUCUGAGCCAACAGCACCCAACCUCAAAAUGAUGACCACCAGGGACCGCUGGCGAGUGUGCAAGACGGUGUGUCUAAUGUUCCUCUUGGCUGUGGUGACUCUGACAGUAUUCCAGAGAGGCUCCUUCUCUUCUGUAGGCCAGUUCCAGACCACAGAGCGUCAUCGCCGAAUGGAAGGCCUGACAGAGGAAGAACCCCAACGGAAGGGCUUUUUCUCAACUCCUGGACGUUUCUGGAGACAGGAGCAGCAAAGGAUGGAGCCUGUCACCGAGGAACCUUUAGUUACAUUGGACAAUGGAGCAAAAACCUGGGACAUCAAAACAGCUAACUGCAGCGCCAACCUGAACUUUACUUCAGCGGACUGGUUUGGAGGCUUAGAGGCCAAUUUCAAACAGUUUCUGCUCUACAGGCACUGUCGGUACUUCCCGAUGCUGAUCAACCACCCAGAAAAGUGCUCUGGUGACGUCCACCUGCUGAUGGUCAUCAAAUCGAUCAUCUCUCAGCACGACCGUAGGGAAGUGAUCAGGCAGACGUGGGGCAAGGAACAGGUGAUAAACGGCAAGCGAAUCAAGACCCUCUUUCUCUUAGGUACGUCAUCCGUCGAAUCUGAAAGGGCCAACCAUCAGAAGCUUCUGGAAUAUGAGGAUUACAUUUACGGGGACAUCCUGCAGUGGGACUUUAUGGACAGUUUCUUCAACCUGACCCUGAAGGAGACUCACUUUCUGAAAUGGUUCUCUACGUACUGCGGGAACGUCCGCUACAUCUUCAAGGGCGAUGACGACGUCUUCGUCAGCGUGCAGAACAUCAUGGAGUACCUGGAAGACAGCUCAGAUGUGAAGAACCUGUUUGCUGGAGACGUUCUCUUUAAGGCAAGGCCCAUCCGGAGAAAAGAGAACAAGUAUUACAUUCCACAUGCCUUGUAUAAUAAAACCUACUACCCUCCCUACGCUGGCGGAGGUGGGUUCUUGAUGGACGGCCCGCUUGCCCGAAAGCUCUACUUGGCUUCAGAGACUCUGGAGUUGUACCCUAUCGAUGAUGUGUUCCUCGGGAUGUGUCUAGAGGUUCUCCAGGUUACACCCAUCAAACACAACGCCUUUAAGACUUUCGGGCUGGUGAAAAAUAAAAGCAGCAAGCUAAACAAGGAGCCAUGCUUCUUUAGGGGCAUGAUUGUGGUGCAUAAACUUCUCCCUCAGGACCUUUUGGCCAUGUGGAGGCUGGUCAACAGUGACCUGGUUUGUGCCCAGAAACUUGACUUUUUAUAGCGCCACACUGGGCGAAUGGUAAUGGAAGGUAAAGAAGGAGAACUCCUGAAAACUUUCUGACUUUUGAGUCCUGCUCAAAUCAAUGUACUCCUGUUUUGAGGAGAUUUUUCUUUCUUGAGGAGAUUUUAACUUAUCUCAUAUAGCAAAUGGGAACAAACAGGGCCAAAUAUGUUGAAGGUUAUUUGUGGGCGUGUUUCAGUGAACUGAAAAGGACAUUUUGCUGCUAAUACUGGUACCACUGAGUACUACUUUUUCGAAUGUAUGAAGAAACAAACAAGACAUUGAUUUUUUUUU